AUGGGAAGUUUAUCCCCGCGCGGAGCGCCGAACCUGCUUGCAACGCCGAACCACGAGCGGUUCACGAGGCUGCUGUGUCAACUUCCUGACAUAUCUUCGCUGCCCGAGUUCGACUUCCUUGAUUCGUCCUUCUUUCGCGACCUAGGGAGUGACCCAGGGUCCUCAACUCGUUGCCGUGAGUUGCCGAGCCCAGAAAAAGUCCUCGCAGCAAGCGGACGUUCCGAAGGAAUCUGGCACUUCGCGGAACUGGGUGUCCUGGUCAAGUACGGCCACAAAAGUCAGGUUCACUUAGAAGAGGCCCUAGCACUCCGUGUCAUCAACAAGUUGUUUCCAGUGGCCGAAGUCCCCGCGCCAGAAGUAUUUGGGUGGAAAUCCACCGAUAAGGCUGGGGAUGAAUCUCACUUCAUCUACAUGAGUUUUCUACCUGGUCAAAAUCUGGGAGAAGUGUGGGACUCUCUGACGGGAGACGAAAAAUCGGCUAUAUCGCGCCAACUAGGACUGAUUGUGAACCGCCUGAGAGCGGUUGAGCAAGACCCCAAUGACCAAUUCAUUGGCUCCGUGAACCGGGGGGCCGUCCAGGAUACAUAUUUCAGUCCCCAUCACCACCACGGCCCAUUUACCAGCGCCCGAGACUUCCACAAUUUCGUGCAGUUUGUUUCCGUAUAUAUGGUCCCUGUUGCCGAACGGCCACCAGAGCCGUACCGGGCGAUGCUGCCGGAUACCGCGCGGAUAUGUCUGACCCACGGGGAUCUUCAUCUUGGCAACAUACUCGUCAUUAUAUCAUCGGAUGAACCACGACAAGUUAGGAUCUCGGGGAUCGUGGAUUGGGAGCAAGCAGGCUGGUACCCGGAGUAUUGGGAGUACUGCAAAGCCAUGAUUAUUGGGCCAUACGGUGAUGAAUGGCGGGAUGCUGGAUUCAUACAUCUUGCCCUCCCGGCGUACGAGCCCGAGUUUGAGGCUUUCGAACAAUACUGGAGUUGGAACCCGUUCCUCGCCAUCUGGGAGAUGGUGUGGAAGAAAUGCAGCAACAAGGAGGAGAAAAUGUUCAGCAGUUCCCGGCAGUGCGGUGCCAAAUGGGUCCUCUACGGCGUGUUUGCCCCUGAAGUGGUUGUUGCCACAGCUGCCGCCCAGUUCAUUGUAGCUUCGUGGCUGAAGCGAGAGAUUCAAGCCGAUGCAAAGGCGCGGCAGGAGGACGGGGAUGCCGAGAUGUUUCUACGCUGCCAUGGGAGGUUCGCUGCGAACGUGCCUGGGGUUGAGAAGACGGUUACCGUCACACCCGAGGGCAUCCGAUUACUCUCGUUUCUUGGUCGGUUGCCGCAGAUUGACCAGCCUCAGAUCGAAGACAAGAGCAAGGCCGACUGGAUGGCCAAGAGCAUCAUCUGCGUACAGGCGGGAUGGAUGGUGAUCCAGGUUCUAGGAAGGGCCAUCAAGCACUUGCCCAUCUCCCUGCUCGAGAUCAACACCUGUGGACAUGUCGCCUGCGCCUUGGUCAUCUAUCUCCUGUGGUGGAACAAGCCGCUCGACGUCCAGGUGCCGACCUUCCUGAACGACGAAGACGAUAAGGACCUCCUCUGUCUGAUGCAUCUGUGUUCCAGUAUGAGCUCUGUCGACGGAAUCACAGAUAUUCGAUGUUUCGUUCAUGUAGCAAACGACGACGAUGAGAGACUCUGCAAGCCGCCCACGGACAGGGAGAGCGCGGCCGGGGAAGGGACAGGAGCGACAAGGUCUCAACUCACAACGUAUCUCUCCAUCGGUUCCCCAGGCACCCGAAACCCGUCUCACUUCCUCGGCUUCCCUGAAGUGUGGUUAGAACCAGACCCGGGCCAAGGCACCAAGAACCCACACGCCGCAGCCAAAAACAAUGCAUUCCGUUACAAUUUCGACCUCAACUCUCCGCCAAUCUCCGCGAGUUGCUCUACCUACGGCACUCCCCCCUACACCGGCAUGAGCCUUCGGCACAGCCGAUACUGCCGACGCGUCUUCCCAGACGCCUCCAAGUCCACCUCCGCAGAACAACAACCCGACCCUACUAGUAGUCAACCGCGGCUCUCAACAUCAACCCUCCUAGCAGCCUCGCGCGCGACAGACCGCCUCCGCGCUGCAUGCACAUCACGCCCGGCAUACAAGGCGUACUACUUCACAUUCGUACCACAACUGGGCCACUUCCUGGGCGAGACCGACUACGUCGUGUCGCCACGCCUGCCCAACCUCCCCUCGCUGCACAACCUGUCCCUGGGGCAGGUCAACCUGCACCGCGACCGACUGCGGUCGGUUCUGGCGCUGGCCGCGGCCGGGUACGGCGCUCUGCAUGUGGUCACGACCACCGUUCCGUCGAAUUCGGAGGUGAAUCAUGAAGCGUUGUUCCCGACGGGGGUGGAAAGGGUCUUGUGGCUCGUCUCGGCGGGCGUUAUUGGCGUGUCUGGGAUCGUGCUUUGGGGCUUCUUUGCCGCACGUCAGUUCUGGCUGGGUUUUGAUGUGUGGGUUUCGGGCGGCGUGCCGGGGGUCAGGAUUGGGGGUGGAAAAGGGGGUGUAGGGAGGCGGGAGAGGGUGAAGACGGUGGUGGUGUAUCUUGUGCUUGGGACGUUCGUGAUAGCAAGGGUGUUUCUGGUUGUUGAGGCGUUUGUGAGCUUGCGGAGGGCACCGGUCGAGUUGUAUAAGACGCCGGAAUGGACGGAUUUUCUUCCUCACUUUUGA